GCACUUUCAGAUGUUUGCGGUGUUGAUGGUGACAGGUUAUUGUUGUUGAGUGUCCAUGCGAGACUUGGGGUGGAAACAUGUCUGGCCACUUCUCUGAGAGGGUCGCUGCUAUCAGAGAUGGCAUUUUGGUCCAGCACUUCGGUUUUUACUUCUAAAGUGCCCCGGAAGAUCUUAUUCAUGUUCACCCUCUCCCUUUCUGUCACCUAUCUGUUCUAUAGCUUGAUGAGCUGUUACAACUCCUUCCAGUUCCAGGAGAACUACGUUUAUCAGGGGAGGCUCGCGACAGAGGAAACAACUUUUGUUACGCUGAGGGAAAAACUUUACUCGCCCUCUUCCCAGGUCUACUUCGACGAGGAGUUAAUCGAGAGAACGGCGACAGAGCAAACUAUCGCCGUCUCGAGCGUUAGAAAUAGCGCGGGGAUCGACGAGAGGACGUCGGGAUGGGCGCGAGCUCAGGCGGCUACAACCAGCAGCAGCAGCAGCAUGAUGUCGCGCGCCGCCGCCGCUGCUGCUGGAGAGCACGAGCACCCGGAAUUCAGCACCACGGACAGCGAGCUUCGGAGAGUGGUGAACUGCACCUCGGAUUACGGGGUUAAAAAAUUGCCCCAAGCCAUUAUAAUCGGAGUGAAGAAAGGGGGGACAAGGGCUCUGCUGUUUUAUGGUUUUCUUGUCACAUGA